AUGGGUGACAACUUCCAACCUCCAUCCCCAGCCCCGGCUCAAGCUCCGGAACCGCAACAGAAGCCUACCCCCCAAAACGCCACCCUCCUCCAGGCCUUCGAAUGGUACACCCCCCCUGAUCACGCCCACUUCCUCCGUCUGUCUUCUCAGAUCCCUCAACUCUCCCAGCAUGGAAUCUCUUCCCUUUGGAUCCCACCCUCCUGCAGAGCCACCUCACCUCAGUCCAACGGCUACGACAUCUAUGACCUCUAUGAUUUAGGCGAGUUCGAUCAGAAGGGUUCCGUGGCCACCAAGUGGGGGACCAAGGCUCAACUGCUGGAGCUGGCCCGGAAUGGUAAAGAGUACGGCGUAGGACUCUACUGGGAUGCGGUCCUCAACCAUCGGUUUGGCGCUGACCACCGCGAGCGGUGCAAGGCUGUUGAAGUGGAUGCCAACGAUCGGAGGGUGAGAGUAAGUGGGGAGUACGAGAUCGACGCCUGGGUGGGCUUUGACUUCCCUGGUCGCGGAGACCAAGAGAGCACGAUGAAAUACCACUGGUACCACUUCUCCGGUGUCGACUUCAACGCCGACGAUCCGGGCAAGGCGGGGACUAUCUACCAGAUUUUGGGGGAGCAAAGCCAAGGGUGGGCCAAGAGUCCUGAGGAUGUCGAUGGUGAAAAGGGCAAUUAUGAUUAUCUGAUGGGGUGUGAUGUGGAUUACAGUCAUCCGGAGGUGGUGGACGAUGUGCUGAACUGGGGACGGUGGUUGGCAAAAGAGGUCUCAAUCAAGGGAAUCAGAUUUGAUGCCGUCAAGCAUUUCAGUGAGAGUUUCCUAAAGAAAUUCGUGAAAAUGCUUGAUGGAGAAUUUGGUGAGGGGUGGUUCUUGGUGGGCGAGUUUUGGAAGGAUUCUUUACAGAGCAUGACUGAUUAUCUCGACCGGAUGGACCACAAGUUCUCGCUGUUUGAUGCACCCUUGGUUUACAACUUUGGUGAAAUCAGCACGAGUGUCUCUGCUGAUCUGAGGAAGGUGUUUGACGACACGCUGGUGCAAAAAGCUCCCGUCUGCGCUGUGACACUCGUUCAAAAUCACGACACCCAACCGCUCCAAGCUCUCCACGUCCCCAUAACUCCCUGGUUCCUCCCCCUCGGCUACGCCCUCAUUCUCCUCCGUGAAGCCGGCUACCCCUGUGUCUUCUACGGCGACCUGUACGGUCUUUGCACCCCUACGUCUGAUAACCCGUCUCCCACCAGACCAACCAGCGGUCCUGUAACUAUCAUCCCUAAGCUUCUUCUGGCCAGAAAGCUAUAUGCGUAUGGACUGCAGACGGACUAUUUUGACUAUUCCACCUGCAUCGGCUGGGUCCGGCACGGGACGUGGGACAGAAAGGACAAAUGCGCGGUGGUGAUGAGUAAUGCGGGAGAGGGGUGGAAGUGGAUGUUUGUGGGCGUGGAGUGCGCUGGCCAACAGUGGACGGAUGUGUUGGAGUGGAGGGAGGAGGUGGUCACGAUAGGGGAAAACGGAUGGGCGGAGUUCAGAUGUGGUGGUUGUAGUGUGAGUGUUUGGGUUUGGGAGGGGGCGAAGGGCAGGGACGAGUUUGAGACUCAGUUUGACUUCGACAUAUAUGCUGCCUCUACUGCCAAGUGAUGUGAGGG